CAACGUCCUCCAUAUCGCUUUUGUUUCUCCACCAUCAACAUACUCCAUGGCUCCCAAAUCACCAGCACAAGGCUUCCUAGAAAAGGCAGAUAAGAAAGCAAAUUCAUCCACGGGAUGGUUCUCAUCUGCAUCCACCAAAUUCGAGGAAGCCGGCGAUCUCUAUCAGCAAGCCGCUAAUGCAUUCAAGAUCGACAAGCUAUUCAAGGAGGCUGGAGAUGCUCACGCGCGAGAGGCUGAAUGUAGGGAGAAAUGCCAGGAGUCUAAUGAGGCCGCGCAGGCAUGGUGGAAUGCUGCUAAAGCGUACAAACGAGUCAGCCCUGAUCUCGCAAUCCAGGCAUUGUCUCAAACAAUUACUCACCUAACCCAAGCGGGAAGGUUCCGUCAAGCAGCGGAUCGGGAGAAAGAGAUUGCCCAGAUUUAUAUGCAGGAGUUGAAUGAUCUGCGUAAAGCAUGCGAAAGUUACGAGCGUGCUGCAGAGUGGUAUUCCCAGGAAGACGCCACAGCUACUGCGAAUGCUUGCUACAAAGAUGCUGCCGAUCUUCACGCUGAGCUUGAAGAGUACCCUCAAGCAAUCGCUCGUUACGAGCAGGUGGCAGACGGUUCCCUCAACUCUGCUCUUACGAAGUAUAGUGUAAAGGAAUACUGGUUGAGAUCCAGUUUAUGUGCUCUUGCUAUGGGGGUUUGUGUCCACAAUAACAGCUCUCCCUCUUCCAUUACUCACCCCAGUUCUGCUACAGGAUGCUGUCACGGCAAAGCGGAACUUGCAGAAGUAUUCCGCCCUUGACACAACGUUCUCAUCGACUCGGGAGGCUAAGUUUAUCACCGUUCUGACUGACGCCUUCGAGGCUGGGGAUAUGGAGUCGUUCACUGCUGCCGUAUACGAGUACGAUCAGGUCACGAAAUUGGACAAUUGGAAGACCGCCAUCCUCUUGAAGAUCAAGAGGGCAAUUCCGGAAGAGCCUAGUUUGACAUAAACGGACCGUAUCUAUUCACCUCUACUGUACUCUAUCAUGUCGACCAUACCACAUUCCGUAUCUAUAAAUAUGCUCUGGAUGAUAUUCUAUAUGAAGUCAUUCUGUUGAUUCGAGGCAUC